UAUGUAACUUAUGCCUUUGCCACCAAGAGCAACAAUGAGAUCGCUCCGUACGAAUGGAACAAUAAUGUCCUCGGCCCAUGGUUCAGUGCAACAAGAAAAUGGUCACCGUGCUAGCCAUUGGAGGAUGGAACAUUGGGACCCAGACGUUCACUACCAUGGUGGCCACAGCCACUGUCAGCAAAACUUUCAUCAACUCCGUCAUUGGGUACCUCCAUCAGUAUGGGUUCGAUGGGAUCGACCUGGACUUUGAACACGUUCUAGGGGCUCCCCCCCCCCGAGGACAAGCAUCGCUUCACCAUCUUGGUCCAGGUGAGAUGCCAGUGUUUAUGUGCCUAAAAUAAUGGGGCUCUGCCUGGCAAGGGGCCUUUGAGUGAGGUAAAUAUUAAAUAAUAAUAAUGUCAUCAAUCCCUAGGGUUCUGAGGAAAGAUUAAAGCUAAAAGAGUGUGUAAUUUUAAUUCCACAAGUCCCAAAGAAAUCUAACACAUUGAAAUAAAUACAUCUAACUCUCUGGAAAACUUUCUCCAUUGAGAGAAUGCCUGAAAGAUUUUAUGUAGCUGACUUGGUACGUUCACUAGCUGAGUUAUUCCCCUAUGACA